ACUGAAACAAGACAUAAUGGACCAAUAGAUUUAGAUAGAACAGAGAAACUCCAAGAAGAAGAAGACGAAAAAAAACGUUGAUGGUUACAUCGAAGCUUCAAGCUCUAUGGAAUCACCCGGCAGGACCUAAGACAAUUCAUUUCUGGGCUCCAACGUUUAAAUGGGGUAUAAGCAUUGCUAACAUCGCAGAUUUCCAGAAACCUCCAGAAAACAUUUCAUACCUUCAGCAAAUUGCUGUGACAUGUACGGGAAUGAUAUGGUGUCGUUGCAGCACUGUGAUUACUCCUAAAAACUGGAACCUGUUUGGUGUUAAUGUUGCUAUGGCAGCCACUGGGAUUUAUCAACUUACUCGUAAAAUAAAGUAUGAUUACGUUGUAUCCGAAGCGGAGACUACUGCUGUUGAAAAGGUUUCUUCAUAAAUCUUGUAACUGGGACAUCUCUCUUGUAUCAUCAUACUGUAUUAUAUUAUAUGCCAAUUGCCAAAUGUUACAUUCUCACAUGUGACAUGCUUGAUAAAUAAAUCCCGAGGUUAGUUUCAAAUGUAAGUAAACUAUAUGACAGGACAGGACUAUUGUUGAGGAUUAUUUGUUGAUUGUUCAGUUUCAAAAAGGUUUCUA